AUGCUGUUCCCAGCUAUUCUUUUGCUUUUUUUCCCUACAGCGUAUGCGCAGCUCAACGAGGCUUUCUACGAUCCCUAUUUGGAAAGUGGACCUAUUUUCCAGAAAAGUUGGAUUCCGAACUGGAACUUGAACCAGAAUCAUCCCAUUCCCUACAAUCAUCUAUCAAACCGUGAGUUUUUUAAGGAUUUGUUAGGUUUACCUAGAAGAUACUUCCUCAUAGUUUAUUUAAAGCUCACCUAAAUUUACUUAAUAUUUACCUAAAGCUUACCUAAACCUCACCGUGGGCUACCUAAGCUUACCAAAAACUUACCUUUUCCACUGAAGCUUACCUAUAGCUUACCUUAAGCUUAUCUAAAGACAAUGCGUACCUAAAGCCUACCUAAAUCUUACCUGAGCUUAUCUAAAGCAACUGGGGCUUGCCUUAAUCCACUAAGGAUUACUUAAAGCUACUUAAAGCUUACCUGAAGCUUUCCAUAAUCUCACUUAAUCCUUACCUUAAACCAACCCAAACCUUACCCAAACUUUUACCCCCUCCAAAACCCCCAAAAUUUCAGAUCCAUACGUCUACGGCAUUGGACCCACCACCACAACUCCGAAACCGAUUUAUCACAUCCCAAAUGUCCCGUUCAACUGGCCUAGAAGCCCGAUGGGGCCCGGAGGUCCCCCAGGCGUCCAAUGGAAAAAUCAAUUUGGAUAAUUAAUUCAACUUCCCGUUACUAUUUUGCUUUGAAUAAAAAAAUUUUUGAGUGGAUAUUGUUGGAGAAUACACCAAAAAAAAUCUAGUUUCCAUUUUUCUAGAAUAAAAAAAAGCUCAAACUUUCAGUACAACUGGUUUAGAGCUCUGACGUUCUAUACAAUUUAUAAAAAUUUCGAAGUUUCCUAUUUUCGUUUAGAAAAUAUGUGAGUCAGUGUUUGUUAUGUUGUGCAAAAAAUGGCGGAAAAUGCUAUUCAACUCAUUUUUUCAGUGAUAAAAACUUCAGAAGCGACUGUUUAAUGAAGAAAGUGAUGAUUUUUUGUAUUUUGUUUGAUCACUUUUCGUGAAAAAUGAUUGGAAAUGUCUCCGAAUUUUUACUUGAACUGAUAUAAAAGCUGUCAAAAUUUCUUUCUAUUUUAAUUUUUUUACACGGCUUACCAUUUUAUAAUCUCAAUAAUAAAGACUUGGUGAUUCACAAAAGGCGCAAAACUUUUUACGAAAGGAAAAAUCUCGAAAAAAGUCUCAUUUCAAGCCAAAAAAAAAUCCAAAAAUGUUUGUUAUUUGUGAGCUUCCAUACAUUAUUGUGUGUCUCACACCCCCAAAAACCCUUUCAAAACUCUUCCAAAACCAUCUGAACAAUGAAAACCAUCAUCAACCUUCACACACCUACGUAAAAGCCUCAAAAGCUUUUUGGAGCCCUUAUAAGGUCCUUCUUUCCUUCCAAACUUCACAAAAAAUGCUGUUUCUAGCGGUCCUUCUGCUCUUUUAUUCCACUGCGAUCGCUCAAUUCAACGAGCCUCUUUACGAUCCCUACUUCGGGGGUGAACUUUUCCUCCCAAAAAGUUGGUUCCCAAGCCGCGGCUCGAAUGGCGGCAGAGGUCAAACACGAUACGUUCCUCUUAAUGAAAGUGAGUUUUCUCAAUUAAAAAUAAACUGACUACAUCGUAGGCGAUAUCGCGAAAAACUUCGGCUUGAUUUAAAAUGUAAAUUUUUUUCUCAAGCCAUCAAAUUAUCAAUUAAUAAAUUAUUAUCAUUAAAUUCCAUCAAAAAAAUGUUCACUAGAACAACUUCGUACACAUUUUCCAAAUUGUCAGACCACAUCAACUUCGGCGUGACCACACCGCGUCCUUCUACAGUAUACCACGUUCCCAACGUCCCUUUCAAUUGGCCCAGAAGUCCAAUGGAUAAAUGGACUCGAAACCCAACGGGACAAACUCCUGGCGGCUGGACCAACCGAUUUGGAUGA